AUGAAGCAUUUGCCAUUGCUCAACGUAACCGUGUGGCGCGCUGAAGAAAAAUAUGCCGCAGGACUGGCUCGAAAUAAAGAGAGAGAGGCUACACAACGCUACCUUGGACCCACUAGAGGUAGUGGCAGUGGUGGUGGCAGUUAUCGCAAUAGCGGAUACAAUGGAUUCAGUGGAUAUCGUUACGACAGGGGUGGAUAUAUUUACGACAGUGGUGGAUAUGGUGACGAUAGUUGUGGAUAUGGUGGCGAUAGCGGUGGGUGUGGUGGUGGUGAUAGCAGUGGAGGAGGAGGAAGCGGUGGAGGAGGCGGCGGAGGAGGCGGCGGAGGAGAUUAA